AUAUACGUAAUGUUUCAAAAUCAUAGGACGAUUCGUCUUUAGAAUGUUCGGAACAUAUGAGAUUUUGCCGAGCAAGAAAUAUUAUGCUCAAUUUUACGGAUUUGCUUCAUCGAAAUGAACCUCUUCGUUAUAAGAUGGAUGUAUUGAAAGAGGGCGAAAUCGGUGGAUAUUGCAUAUUAAAUGAGAGAAGACUACAAGAUAAUGCGGAUCAUAUUAGCCCACUGCAAUCUUGGGGGCCCGAAUUGCGAAAUUUUCGUAAACUACCUCGACCACCGAUCGUCAAUGGCGACUGUGAUAUCGUAAUCGAAAAGCCGACGUUCAUAAUGAAAAUAGAUGCCAUAGUAAACAUGUAUCAUCAUUUUUGUGACUUUUUCAACUUGUACGCGUCAUUGCACGUAAAUCUCUCGCACCCCGACGCCUUCAGCACUGAUAAUCAUAUAAUGAUCUGGGAAAGUUACAGCUAUCGCUCUGCAUUCCAAGAUACUUUCGAGGCUUUCACGAGAAAUCCGUUGUGGGAUUUAAAAACAUUUCGCGGGAAAUCUGUUUGCUUCAAGAAUCUCGUGCUGCCGCUACUACCUCGUAUGAUUUUUGGAUUAUAUUAUAAUACACCUCUUAUUUAUGGCUGUGAGAAAAGUGGAUUAUUUAAAGCUUUCGGCGAUCACGUAUUACACCGAUUACGUAUACCUCAUCAUGAAAGAAAAAAUCAGAGGAUACGAGUUACUCUGCUUAGCAGAGAUACCCACUAUAGGAGGAUACUAAAUGAGGACGAACUAGUGAAAGCGUUAAAAGAAAAUCCUGAGUACAAAGUUAGAAAGGCUGUUUAUAAUAAGAAAGUUCCAUUUAAAAAACAAUUAGAAAUCACGAGGAAUUCUGAUGUUUUUAUUGGUAUACACGGUGCCGGAUUAACACACCUUAUGUUCCUGCCAGAUUGGGCGGCUGUGUUUGAGAUAUAUAACUGUGAAGAUCCAGGAUGUUAUAAAGAUCUUGCUCGCUUACGAGGAGUAAAAUACUUUACAUGGGAAAAUACUACGAAAUUAGUGCAACAGGAUCCCGGUACGCAUCCUGACGGCGGAGCACACGCGAAAUUCACGAAUUAUAGUUUCGAUGUUAAAGAAUUUUUACGCAUUACGUCUCAAGCUGCGGAAUACGUAAAAAAUCAGAAUAGUUUCAAGGAAUUUGUCAACAAAAGGGCACAGCGCAAAAAAGCAGGAAUAAAGAAUCAGACUAGGACAAGUGAGACGAAAGAAACUGAAAAUCCUAAAUCAGAAGAAACUGCUAAGUUUAAACCUGACGUCCAAUCCAAAGAUGAAUUAUGACGAACACCUUAGGCAAUUUAUUUCGAUAUAAAGAAAAACCUUUCAAAAGUAGGCUAAUAAAUGUUAACAUCGAAUGAAACAUGUGAACUGUUACCAAAUAGUUUACUUAUUUUUGUACGAAUAAAUAUAAAAUAAUUUUAAGAUA